AUGGAAUUGCCUUUCUCUAAUGACGGGGAAAUUCUGGACAUAACAUUAUCUCCGCCGGUUUUACAGCAGAUACAGAGGACCACACCGUUGUCUAUAACUCCUAUGACUGAAUUUAAAAGGAACAAUCGGUGCCCGGGGCUACUGGAGGAACGUCUACCUUUAGAAAUGAAUAUUAGUGCUCUGUCGUCUCUAUCACUUCCUAUGGAUGUCAGCAGAAAUUGUAAUUGUGGAGACGAUAUGCUCAGAAGAUAUGGAAAAGCCAGUAUAGGAACAAAGCAAACAAAGAUAACUGAUUUUACUAAGAAGCAAAAAAUUCUCUCCCUUAAGUCGAAGUACAAGCAGGAGGUUUCUAUAGAGAUGCAACCAAACUUCCUUAUUGACCUAUCAGAUACAUUAUUGAGUGAGGAACAGAUUUUGGACAGUAGCCAACUAAAUAGUUCCUUGAAUGUGGAUUUUGGUAAAUUAAGAAAGGAGGAUUUUUUGCCAUCUCCUGCUAUCCCAUUUGAGAUAUCUGAAGGGAUUAAUAUAAGUAAAGGGUUUUGGAAGACUCAGAACGAACACCAACCCAGGGACACAAAUACCAUUAAGAGUUCACAGCCUGAAAUGUAUCCCUUCCCCGAUAUAGCUGUGCCUACAAUGGAUGAGACCAAACUCUCACCCCCUGAUGUUCUAUUGGAAAUUAGGGAUUUAGUGAAGGAAAUAAAAGAAUUAUUGACUGUAACGAUGGGACUACUGAAGGAGAGAGACCAUCUUCAACAAGUGGAACGACAGAUCCAAAGAACGAAAGAAAAUCCCUUAUUUUGCUCAGAUAAAGACGAUUAUUAUAAUUUAUCACCUAAUACAGUUAAAAGAAUCGCUAGUUUAUCACAUGAGGAAUUAUUGCUAUGUCUAGGACAAAACACCUGGGAUCCUUUAAAAUUAAUUUCAACCAAUCAAGAUAAACAAGAUUUGGCCAGUGACCAGUACCCUCCCAUUGAUGAAGUUGAAGCCAAAUCACCUCAAGAGACUGUCAGAGUAGAUAAGGCAAAAUCCAAAACACGACCACUUUCUGUAUGUAGUGACAGUUGCCAUCCUGGUUCUAGCAAGAGAGUGAUGGAGGGGAAGCCAUACUGCUGCUAUGAUUGCACCCUAUGUCCAGAUGGGAAGAUUUCAAAUCAGGCAGAUAUGAAUGACUGUAAGAAAUGCUCAGACCAAGACUAUCCAAGCAAGAAUCGGGAUUUCUGCAUUCCAAGGACUGUAACCUUCUUGUCUUAUGAAGAACCUCUAGGGCUCAGUUUAGCCUUAUUUGCUCUUUUCUUUUCCUUGACUACAGUUCUGGUGCUGGGAAUAUUUAUGAAGCACCACAACACUCCUAUAGUCAAAGCCAACAACUGGAUCCUCACCUACACACUCCUCAUCUCCCUCCUGCUCUGCUUCCUUUGCACAUUCUUAUUCAUUGGCCAACCUCAAAAGAUGACAUGUUUCUUACGACAAAUUGCCUUUGCCUUCAUCUUCUCUGCGGCUGUCUCUUCUGUACUGGCAAAAACCAUCAUGGUAGUUCUGGCUUUUAUGGCCACUAAGCCAGGUUCCAGGAUGAGGAAGUGGUUGGGGAAAGAGCUAGCCAUCUCCAUAGUUCUUUCCUGCUCCUUUAUCCAAGCAUGUAUCUGUAUUGUGUGGCUGGGAACCUCUCCCCCAUUCCCAGAUGCUGACAUGCACUCCAUGGCUGAAGAAAUUGUAUUGGAAUGUAAUGAGGGCUCUGUGACAAUGUUUUACAGUGCCUUGAGCUACAUGGGCUUCCUGGCAAUUAUCAGUUUCACUGUGGCCUUCCUCUCCAGGAAGUUACCUGGCAGUUUCAAUGAGGCCAAGUUCAUCACAUUCAGCAUGUUGGUCUUCUGCAGUGUUUGGUUAUCUUUUGUUCCAUCCUACCUAAGCACCAAAGGUAAACACAUGGUAGCUGUGGAGAUCUUCUCCAUCUUAGCCUCCAGUGCUGGAUUGCUGGGUUGCAUCUUCUUCCCCAAAUGUUACAUUAUUCUGUUAAGGCCAGAGCUGAACAGCAAGGAACAGUUAAUAAGAAGAAAAGACUGA